CUUAUACUUCAUUCGAAAUUAAUGGGGAUGUGGAUAAAAGGGUUUGCCAUAAAAAUUUAUGCUGUCACUUUAAACUUAAAAUCGAUGAAGUCGAAUCAAAAAAAUUCCAUUACAAAUAUCGCGCUUUAAUUUUUUCGGGGGUAAGAUCGUUCAAUGGACCAAUUAACGGAGGAUUAGAAGUGUGUGCAAUCAGUUUUUGUAAAGAUGACACCCAGGAAUCUUGCGGGCAAAGAUUUAUUCCGUACUCAAAAAUCGAUUGGGUCACAACGUUCAAAUCGAUCGAAAUAACAGCUUCGACUAUCAAAACCCAACAUAAACAACACUUCCCAAACACUUUAUUAAGCAGCUUGGAGCCGAUUUCGCCCCAAAAUUUCGAAUUCACCCAAAUCGAUGUAAACGAAAAAAACGUUGAUUUAAAAAUGAAGUUAUUAACUCCGGAAUCGAGGUUAUUAACGUUUGGAAUUUAUGGGAGGAAUUUUGAAUUGGAUAAUGAAACUCCUGAUCAAGUUUAUGAUAAAAUUGAAUUAUAA